UAAAGUAGGCUUCACACCUGAUUUUCCAAGAUUUUGGUCCCUCCCGAUCGAAUUGUGGAAAAUCUAGGUGUGGUAAUACAGCAUGAUAACCCCGGAGGUAGAAUCGGGGAGGAAAAAAUCCCCAAAUUGGUUCCCCUGUUCGAUGGGUCUACGCCAUGGCCCACGAUGACCGCUCUCAAUCGCAGGUUGCAAUCCAACCGCUUCAGAUAAGGGGGCGCUAGAAGCAGCGGAGGUCGGUGAUCGCCGGUACCGCCUCCCUUCACCCCGGCGCCGAUCCGCUGCACUUGCGCGCGCAGAUCCUUCACUUGACUCCGCAGAUCACCCACGGCCGCUUCCAUCUCCGGUGUGCAGCCCGUCAGAUUCUUCUCUGCAAAGAAUUUUGGGUACAUCAGGAGGAACUCAGCAAGAACAUAGGUUCAGAGGUUAAGAGAAGAGGAAGGUUCUGGAAGGGGUUUGGAGUACAUACGUCUUCUUUCUUCUCUCCUCCAUCGCCAUCCGCCGUGAGACAUCGCCGGGGCGGCUUCCUUCGUCUACCGCGGCUCCUCCAUCGACGGCAACAGAUCAAGGCAUAGAGAGAGAUGGCGAGUCUAACCGGUCUCACCGCGAACCCUAAUCCGAACAAGUCAUUCGAGAUCCUGCCUAACCCGGGUGACUCUGUCUCGAGCCUCAGUUUUAGCCCCAAGAGUAAUCUGCUGGUGGCAACCUCCUGGGAUAACCAAGUGAGGUGCUGGGAGAUAGUUGGUGGGAACAGUCAGCCGAAGGCAUCCAUAUCGCAUGAUCAGCCAGUCCUCUGCUCGGCUUGGAAGGACGAUGGAACUACUGUCUUCUCUGGAGGCUGUGACAAGCAGGUCAAAAUGUGGCCUCUGCUGUCCGGUGGGCAGGCUCAGACAGUCGCAAUGCAUGAUGCACCUGUCAAGGAGAUUGCAUGGAUUCCUCAGAUGAAUCUUCUUGUCUCUGGAAGCUGGGAUAAGACUCUAAGGUACUGGGACACAAGGCAAUCAAAUCCUGUCCAUGUUCAGCAACUUCCAGAGCGUUGCUAUGCUCUUACAGUGAAUUACCCCCUUAUGAUUGUGGGGACUGCUGAUCGCCAUCUUGUGGUCUUCAACUUGCAGAAUCCUCAGACGGAGUUCAAGCGUAUUCAGUCACCUCUAAAAUACCAGACACGGUCCCUUGCUGCAUUUCCUGAUCAACAAGGAUUUCUGGUGGGUUCGAUAGAAGGAAGAGUUGGUGUGCAUCAUAUUGAUGAUUCACAGCAAAGCAAAAACUUCACUUUCAAAUGCCACAGGGAAGGAAAUGAUAUAUUCUCUGUAAAUUCACUCAACUUCCACCCUGUCCAUCACACAUUUGCAACUGCUGGAUCUGAUGGUGCUUUCAAUUUCUGGGAUAAGGAUAGCAAGCAGAGGCUGAAGGCUUUUAGUAGAUGCCCCCUUCCCAUUCCUUGCAGUACCUUCAACAGUGAUGGUUCCAUAUUUGCUUAUGCGGUAUGCUAUGACUGGAGCCGUGGGGCUGAAAACCACAAUCCUGCAACUGCAAAGACGUCCAUCUAUCUCCACAGUCCUCAGGAAUCUGAGGUAAAAGGAAAGCCACGCCUUGCGACAGGCAGGAAGUGAUUACAUCCAGCGGAUGCAAAGUCAUUAUGUGCAGAAGAAAUCAUGUAUUUUUAUUUGGAGAAGGGUGUUUCUCUUGGGCCUCAGCGUGUUGGACUUGCAGGAUCUGUUCUUUUGGCUGGGCAUCAGUUUUGUUUUGGCCCUCCUGUCUUAAAAUCCGGUAGAUGUACAUUCCAGCGUACUUGUAGCCACUGAUGAUAGGAACCUGUUGCAAGUCUUAACAUGUAGUAGUAUCUGGUGUUCGCAGUGUCUAGGCCUCUUAAGCAAUGUCUAUCAAGGUUUUGUGAUCAGACCUACAGGGAUGCUGUUGCAAGUGGUGUAAAUUUUCGUGCAUAUGGUAUUUGGUGGAAUUGUCGUCACAUUCAUGAGAUGUGCUAAAUUACUAGCGACCAUGGUAAAAA